AUGGCUGGUGGAUUAACACCAUCUUCUUCAACCUCUGGGAUUUUCUUCCAAGGAGACGAUGAAUCUCAAGGUUUCAUGAACUCUCACUUGACCUCCUCUUAUGGGAAUUCAUCUAACUCUGUUCCUGGAUGUGGACCUGGUUAUCACAAUCUCAGUAUGGUUUCUGCGGAUAUGCACAAUCCGGCUAUGAUGAGUGUGUCAACGCCGGGUCCAAGCGCAGGAGCCAGUUCGAUGGUUACGGAUGCUAAUUCAGGGCUUUCUGGAGGUGGUCCUAAUUUGCAGCGUAGUGCUAGUAUCAAUAAUGAGUCGUAUAUGCGCUUACCUGCAUCCCCGAUGUCAUUCUCUUCUAACAAUAUCAGCAUUUCUGGGUCAUCAGUUGCUGAUGGGUCGACAGUAGUGCAACGGAACUCUCAUCAUGAUCCAAGUGUUCAGCGAGGAGGCUCUAGUGCUACUUCACUGCCCACGUCGCAAACUAAUCAAAUCCCGCUUUCUAUGGGUCGUCGCGCUUCGGAAUCUUUCUUUCAGGAUCCGAACAAUUUAACUCAAGCACGAAAAAAGCCUCGACUGGAUUCAAAACAGGAUGAUGCUCUGCAGCAGCAGAUUUUACGAGGUGGGCCGCGACCUAAUGAAAAUAGCGUUUGUGCUCGAAGAUUGAUGCAGUACCUAUUUCAUCAGCGACAAAGGCCUUCUGAGAGCAGUAUUGUUUAUUGGAGGAAAUUUGUGAAAGAAUAUUUUUCCCCCCGUGCAAAGAAAAGAUGGUGUCUUUCUCAUUACGAUAAUGUGGGGCAUAGCGCACUCGGUGUUUCUCCUCAGGCAGCCACGGAUGAAUGGCAGUGUGAUCUUUGUGGUUCUAAAUCGGGAAGAGGAUUUGAAGCAACUUUUGAUGUCUUGCCAAGGCUUAACGAAAUCAAAUUCGCAAGCGGUGUCCUUGACGAGCUUCUUUAUCUGGGCGUGCCAUCUGAACGCAGAUUUCCUUCUGGAAUUAUGACCUUAGAGUAUGCAAAAGCAGUUCAAGAGAGUGUGUAUGAACAUAUCCGUGUUGUUCGUGAAGGCCAUCUUCGGAUUAUAUUCUCCCAUGAGCUUCAGAAUAGUUUAGCUUAUCCUUCUGCUUUUCACCAGAUUCUCUCAUGGGAGUUCUGUACUCGCCGACAUGAAGAGCUACUUCCUCGUCGUCUUGUAGCCCCACAGGUGAACCAAUUGCUUCAGGUUGCAGAGAAAUGUCAGAGCACAAUCGAUCAAAGUGGAUCAGACGGGAUUCAUCAGCAGGAUUUGCAAGCCAAUAGCAACAUGGUCAUGGCUGCUGGACGUCAACUAGCGAAAAGCUUGGAGUCACAUUCACUCAAUGACUUAGGCUUCUCCAAACGAUAUGUUCGGUGUUUGCAGAUUUCUGAGGUUGUUAGCAGCAUGAAAGAUAUGAUUGACUUCUGCCGUGAUCGAAAAGUUGGUCCAAUCGAGGCUUUGAAGAGCUAUCCAUAUCAAAUGAAGACUGGUAAAGUGCAGAUGCAGGAGAUGGAGCAACUAGCAAAUGCUGCUAGAGGACUUCCACCUGAUAGGAACAGUCUCAACAAGUUAAUGGCCUUGCGCAAUACUGGGAUAAACAUUCCGAUGAACAAUAUGGGCAGCGGUCAAGGAUCUCUUCCCGGCUCACAAGCUGCCGCCUUUGCGCUUACCAACUACCAGACCAUGCUAAUGAAACAGAACCAUCUGAAUUCAGAACCAACAAACGCCACAAUCCAACAAGAACCAUCAAGAAACUCGAGCCCAUCCCCUAGCUAUCAAGGAACUAGUCCUUUGUUAUCGGGUUUUGUGCAGAGCCCAUCAAUAAGCAGUGUUUCUUCCCUUUUAUCUCCUCAGCGACAAAUGCCAAGCUCCAGUUAUAAUAGUUCAACCCAGCAAUACCACCCGCAACCUACCUGUAGUAGCAAUAACCAAACAAUGGAACAACAGAUGAUUCACCAAAUAUGGCAACAGAUGGCGCACAGCAAUGGAGGCUCCGCGCAGCAACAGCAACAGUCACUUUCUGGUCAGAACAUGAAUUGUAAUAACAUCAACAUGGGAAGAAACAGAACAGAUUAUGGGACACAGAACAUUACGGUAACAGCGGAAACACCAAGUACGUCCAACAGAUUCAGAGGCGUAAAGGGGUUAGAGCAGAGCCAAAACCAGGAAGGUAUGGUCUCUAACACCUCUCUCAACUUUGCGAAUAACGGGUUUUUUAGCAGUGAUGUUGAUGAAAGCAUGGGAUAUUCUUGGAAGGCAUGA